UCCACAGAUGAACACAUUUGAUAACACAAAAGAAACCAAAAGCUCAAAAACAAAACAGCCUUUUUCUCUUUGCUUGUAAUUGACCACACAACCAAUAUCCCCAUAACCCCUCGCCCAACUUGCAAAAACCUUUCGUCCAUCCUCAAGAUAUGUCUCUUCCUGAAACUAAAUCUCAAACCCUUCUAGAUGCUUGGGACUUCCAAGGCCGCCCUGCCGAUCGCUCUAAAACCGGUGGAUGGGCCAGCGCCGCGAUGAUUCUCUGUAUUGAGGCGGUGGAGAGGCUGACGACGUUAGGUAUCGGCGUUAAUCUGGUGACGUAUUUGACGGGGACUAUGCAUCUAGGCAAUGCAACGGCAGCUAACACCGUCACCAACUUCCUCGGAACUUCGUUCAUGCUCUGUCUCCUAGGUGGCUUCAUAGCUGACACCUUUCUCGGACGGUACCUAACGAUUGCCAUAUUCGCAGCAAUCCAAGCCACGGGUGUUUCUAUCUUAACCCUCUCAACUAUCAUACCGGGACUUAGACCACCAAGAUGCAACCCGACAACGUCGUCUCAUUGCGUACAAGCGAGUGGAAUACAGCUGACGGUUCUAUACUUAGCGUUAUACCUCACGGCCCUAGGAACCGGAGGUGUGAAGGCAAGCGUAUCUGGUUUCGGUUCAGACCAAUUCGAUGAGACUGAACCAAAAGAACAGUCACAAAUGACAUAUUUCUUCAAUCGCUUCUUCUUUUGUAUCAACGUUGGCUCUCUUUGUGCCGUGACGGUCCUUGUCUACAUACAAGACGAUGUUGGACGCAAAUGGGGAUAUGGUAUUUGCGCGUUGUCUAUCGUGCUUGCACUAAGCGUGUUCUUGGCCGGUACAAACCGCUACCGUUUCAAGAAGUUGAUCGGUAGCCCCAUGACACAAGUUGCGACGGUUAUUGUGGCGGCGUGGAGGAAUAGAAGGCUAGAGUUGCCGUCGGAUCCGUCGUUUCUAUACGACUUGGACGAUGUUAUUGCGGGGGAAGGCGCGAUGAAGAGUAAACAAAAGCUGCCGCAUACCAAACAAUUCCGUUCGUUAGACAAGGCAGCAAUAAAGAACCAAGAAACGGCAAUGACCCAAAACGUAUUCAACAAAUGGACACUUUCAACACUAACCGAUGUUGAGGAAGUAAAACAAAUCGUACGGAUGUUACCAAUUUGGGCAACAUGCAUCCUCUUUUGGACCGUACAUGCUCAAUUAACGACAUUAUCAGUCGCACAAUCCGAGACGAUGGACCGUCACAUUGGGAGCUUUGAGAUCCCUCCAGCUUCGAUGGCCGUAUUCUAUGUCGGUGGCCUCCUCUUAACCACCGCACUCUACGACCGUGUCGCCAUUCCCCUAUGCAAAAAGCUAUUCAACUACCCACAAGGUCUAAGAUCACUUCAACGCAUUGGUCUAGGUCUCAUACUCGCAGCCAUGGGUAUGGCCGUAGCUGCUUUGGUAGAGAUCAAACGUCUUAGAACCGCACAUUCCCAUGGUCCAACAGUCAAAACGCUUCCUCUAGGGUUUUAUCUACUCAUCCCACAAUACCUUAUCGUUGGUAUUGGAGAGGCGUUGAUCUACACGGGACAAUUAGAUUUCUUCUUGAGAGAGUGUCCUAAAGGUAUGAAAACGAUGAGCACGGGUCUAUUACUGAGCACAUUAGCGUUAGGGUUCUUCUUCAGCUCGGUUCUCGUGACUAUCGUUGAGAAAUUCACCGAUAAAGCUCAUCCAUGGAUCGCUGAUGAUCUCAACAAGGGUCGUCUAUACAAUUUCUACUGGCUUGUGGCCGUAGUUGUUUUCUUGAACUUCCUUAUUUUCCUCGUUUUCUCGAAGUGGUACGUUUACAAGGACAAGAGACUAGCAGAGCUCGGGAUUGAGUUGGAAGAUGAGAGGGAUAUUCCCAUGGGUCAUGCAUGAUCAUGAUCCGACGAUGAUGAAUAUUGUGAACAUAUGUACGCAUUUGGUUUUGAUUUAUUAAAUUUAUAAUAUAUAUUAUAAUGAUUUUCGCAGUUA